AAGAAGAAGAAGCAUUUCCGCUGCUGCUACAGUGAGAGGUCGCUGUUAUUAUUAGCUCUAACGCUUUAUUUUUCCUUCAGAAACAUUGGUUUGAGUUGAACAGCCGGCAUUAUGCUCCCAGAAACUGUACCGUGUUUAAAAGCGCUGGCUCCUUUGUUUGGUAAAAAGCUUUUGUUGCGGAGUUUGAAACAGCUCUCCACACAUGGUGGAGGACUCAGCCGCCUUCAGGCCGGGAGACAUUUUGGAGUCAGCUGCUGUUUAGCAGCCAAAAAGGACAAGCAACCGCGGAAACCCAGGGAGAAGGUGGUAAUCCCCGGACUGGAGAUGAUCACAUAUGCAGAAAGGAUGCACUAUGUGCCGGGACUUGCUAAGCCUGUAUUCCCGCACUGGGAGAGGGACUACCAUGACCCGUUUCACUACAAGCCUCCGCCUAAAAUCGAGAUGCCGCUUUAUAGCGAAAAGGUGUGCUACAUGAUCACUCAGAGGACGAAUAUGCUGGAAGGUGUGCGUCAGGCUGCUUGGUUGACCAAAUCCAAGGUGAUCUCAGGUCUACCUCCUGCCCUCCUCUCGUUGGCUGAGAUGCCUGAGAACCAAAUACCAGAUCAGGAUGACCGAGUGCAGAACCUAAUCCGACAUGCGCGCUUCUGGGACACAGUAGAGGAACGACCAAAGAAGGUUAUUUACAGCAAGACUCUGCUCCAGAACCUGCUUCAUGUUUGUGGAACUCAACGCGCCACUCAUCCAGCCCUUGGAAGGAGGGUCUUUGUAGAGGGUUAUACAUUGGGUGUCAGUUGGAAACGAGGUGAUGACUUGUUCCAGAUUAGGGGUCGGAAUGGUUUACUGCAUUGCAGCAUGGAUCCUCUCCCACCGGUCUGUGGGGAACAGGAAGUGGCAGACACAUCAGAUCACGUCUUGGAAACCUUCUACCCCAUCUCACCCUCCAUCGACUUGCUGCAAGUGAAUGUAUACAAAGAGAUGAACUGCACAGGUUUCAUAGGUGACGCUCCUUACCCUCAUGCCCACACGCUUUACUUUCUGGAAACAGCUCCUAAGCAGACUAGGCUCCACCCUGAGCAGUUCAGAGCUAAGAUGUUCAUGUUCACCUUUGGGAAUGCUUUGGCCCGUGCUUACAAACUUUAUGGGACUUCACCUCAGAAAGUAUUAGACCGUCCUAUAACUGUACAGUCUGUGGGGACAAAUGGCAGAAUUUUCCAGUUUCUUGUAUUUCAACUAAACACCACAGAUCUUUCUGGAGAUGACGGCAUCAAGAACCAGGUGUGGCUGGAUGGAGAAGUUGACCUUUAUCAGUUCGCUAAGGUUCGACCGUUAAUCAAGAAGAAGCAAGUAAAGGUAGCUGCUGGUCUGACAGGAUACAAACCUGAAAGCUUCAGAAAGUUCCUGGCCCUGUACAUGCACGGAGCUGCACAUCUGCCAUAGUGUAGAUUGGCUACAUUUAAAUGUGUCUAUAGAAAAGGACACCUUUUUGGCAGUGUGCAACCUUUUGUAAAGUAUGAGUUUGACGUUUAAAGCAACAAAAACGAAAAACUUUUCUGUCAGUGGCAGUAUGUUAUAUUUGAUGGACAGUUUUUUUUUACUGAAACAUUUGUAUCCUCUGUUUAUCAAGGACCUCCAUGUAUAAGAGCUGCUGUAAAAGUCAAUAAAAUGGGUCUAAAAUAACUCA